CUUUUCCAACACAACAGUUCUUCCACCACGUACUACCCGUUCGCCUAGUCGUUUAUUUACAACUAAGAUGUCGAUUUUUACUCCAACAAAUCAAGUAAAACUAACAAAUGUCGCAGUGGUGAGAUUGAAGAAGGCUGGGAAGCGCUUUGAAAUCGCUUGCUAUAAAAACAAAGUGAUGUCUUGGCGGAACAAAGUGUGAGUAGCUGCUUCAGUCUUCAGUCUGGUAUUUUUUUCCUGACAUUGCAAUUAAACAGAAUUUAAAGGAAAAUAUACAGAUAUUACUAGUGGAUUUUAUUGAUCAGGGCCCAGUUGUUCGAACGCUGGUUAGCGCUAACCUGGGGUUAAAUUUUAACCCAGGUUUCUUUUUCUUGUUAUCAAAAGCACUUUCUCAGAUAAUUUUCUCUAUUCUUUUUAGAGUAUCCAAUCAUCAAAUUGUAUUCAAAGAGAAUUAAGCUGAAUUUGUUUUUUAAGCUCUCAUAUUUGAGUUCAAAUUUCGCGCUAACCCUGUGUUAUCUUAACCCAGCUUCGAACAACCUGGCCCAGUUUGUAACUUUUCAGCUAUAUUCAAUUCUUUGACAGCGAGAAAGACAUUGACGAAGUUCUUCAAACGCACACAGUUUUCACAAAUGUUUCAAAGGGGCAGAUGGCUAAAAAUGAGGAUUUAACUAGGGCAUUUGGAACAACUGAUCAAUCAGAGAUUUGUUUACAGGUACUUUAAAAAGCUGUUUACAAAACCUGGAUCACAUUAGACCAGAUUAACCCUUUAUUAGCUGCAACCAUAUCUUUGACCUUUGGUCAUUUAGUUAUUAUGAGUUGAAGUGGUUGAUCUGAUCCAAGUUUCUUGAUGCCUCUCCUUUUAUAUAAUUUCAGCAAUAAUGCACCUAUCAAUGUUAGGCCCCAAGGUGGGUGGGGGUAGAUCCAGGGGAAUUCAACAUUUUCAUCGAAGCCAGAGUCAAAUUCCCCAUCCCCAGGCACCUACUGAAUGUCAAUUUCCCACCCCUGGGGUAACUUUUUCUAUCAGAGUCAGGACUUAAUAAUUGACAGGGUGGAAAGGAUAUAUCUUUUCCAACCUCACAUAGUGUUUACUGCAACACAAGAGAAGCAGUGCCAGAAAAUGUCAUCCUCUGCAAGGCAUAAUAAUGGUGGCCAAGAUGUUCUAACACAAACUUAACUUGGUGAUACUACAUGUCACAUGAGUCAUACUAUAUCCACAGGACUUGUUCUUGGGCAUUAUCAAGAUCCUCAAACAGAGCAAAGAAAACAUGCAUAAUAAUUAGCUUUUGAAUGCAAUCAAGAACAUUCAUGAAUAUGAAAACAUGCACAAAAAGUAAUCCAACUUAGAGAAACAGAGGGAACGAAGGCUCUUCUAUUUGUAAACAUUUGUUCAUAUGAUGAAAGAAAUGUUGGUUCAUAUAAACCAAAAAAUAAAACAGAUUUCCUUACCUUUCUUUCGCUCAUGUUGUGUUGAUGCUUUGAAGAAAAGCAGAGGUCUUUUCACCUCUGGUGACUUCUGGGUAUUAGUAAUAUGGCAGGUCACUCAUUUCCAGUUUCUCUCGGUCUUCCAAGAUGGCGGCCAUGCCAAAUACCCGACCCUGGGGCCCUGGGGCAACGCAUAAAUGUCAAAAUCGCCACCCAGGGAAAGGCUCUCUCAGUCAAUUUCCCGUGGGUGGCUUGCCCCCACCCUGGGGCUUAACAAUGAUAGGUGCAUAAAUGUACAUGCUAGCAAACUUUAAUCCUUUAUCUUGCACUUCAGCCCAGAAAGCAUUUCUGGGCAUAACAACUGAGUACAGGGCCAAUUUUCUAUGUACAUUUAUUGGAGCGGCUCAGCUGCUCACUAGUGAAAUAAAACAACAUUAUCAUUCAAGUGGCGCGGUGGCUUGGUAGUUUGAACCACCAAGCAACUUCUCUUUUACAUGUUACAAUAUGGCCCUGGAGGUUGAAGGUUUUGAUGAUCAGGGCUGGACCAAUUAUUGACACUGAUCAGGGCCUUAAAAUCUAACCGAGGAAAAAGGUACUGCUUUUACCCUGCAAAUGGUUACAUUGUUGUGUGGUGUGGAUGACCACAUAGAAAUCACAGUCAUGUCUUCAGCAGGAGAUGUAAAAACAGUAUUUUCAUGUAUUCAACUAAUAAGGGAGGUUUUAAUAGGUGUCUGCUGAGUUGGUAGCCUCGCCACAGACAGAACUAAACUUCUAGUUAAAUCCAUCUGCGAAACAGCGCUGAAAUCAUUGUUCUGGGACCCCACCUGUGUACCAGGAUUUGAGUACGCGUAUACCUGCCAACUUUUUUACAUUUAUAGGCGUGACAUUUUUUAUCUUAAGAGUGCCAAGAUUUUUCGUAGGGUCUGAUAAUAUCUGAAGAUGUCCAAAGACAUUUCGAAGACUUCCAAAGACGUUACAAAGAGUUCUGUCCAACAUGAACACGGGAACACAAAGGAACAUUGACUUCCCUACUAAAAAAAGAGAAUUGGCAGAAAGUCAAUCAUCCACAUAGACUUUUCUUUUCUCUCUUUGGUUCUGAUUUCUUUAAGUAACUAAUAUAUUUUUCAAAAUGUAUCAGUUAAUGCUGUAAUGGCUCAAACUUUUCCACCUGGCGUGACAUAUCGUAACACAGGCGUAAGUAGGCAUAAGAUCCAAGUUUUCGAUCCACAGGCAUGACAAUAAUGCCUUAGGCUUGACACUUGGCAGGUAUAUAUGCUUCAUGAUUGGUCUGUUAAAAAUUCGAUCGUCAAUUUGCCAAUCAAGUUUGAGGGAAACUUGAAACAUAUUUGAGAUAAUUUGUUGAGUCCAUUGGGGGCCCAGAACAAGGAUAUCAGCACUACUUCACAGAUGUUACUAACUGCAGUUAGAUUAUGGCUGCUAUGCAGGCUUGCUCAGUUGUUACUUAAGAUAAAAAUACAAUGAAACUUGGUUGUUCAACAAUUUCUCCUUCUUGCUGGUUUUCAGCUGAUGUCGUGGCAGCCAAGUGGGUGGACAUGAACAAAAGCAUUUUCCUUGGCCAGGAACUGAACUCUUGUUUCAUUGUUUUGUCCACCACUAUGGCUGCUUCAUUGCAUGGUUAGAAACUGUCAGCUAGGCUAAGAAAUGUAAUGAAAACAGUAUGAAGAAUGUGGGUGUUGAUAUAAGGGUAUAAGGGGUUUACUUUUUCUUUUAUGGAAAAAUAUUUGAGAGAUUUAGAGGUAUGUUAAUUUUUUAUGGCAAAAGGCAAAUGUGAAAUUCGAGUUGGCAAAUUCUCAAAAUUGAAAUGAGCCGAUAAAAACAGCUUAAUGCAAUUCUUAUGGAUAAGACUGGGGUAAAUCUACUGAUUUCCCUGUAGUUUUAAUGAUUAGUAAGUGACAAGUAAAGGGAAAAUAUUGUCACGCGAUAAAAACUUGCAUUUGCCUUUUGCCACAGACAUGACUCUAAAUCUCUCUAUUAUUAUUGAUGGUUGGUUUUGUGUCUUUAAAGAUCCUAGCAAAGGGAGAGCUUCAAGUAUCAGAAAAGGAAAGAAGCACGCAGCUUGAAUCAAUGUUCAGAGACAUUGCUACAAUAGUGGCUGACAAAUGUGUCAACCCAGAAUCCAAAAGACCCUAUCCUGUAGGGAUAAUAGAGAGGGCAAUGAAGGAUAUACAUUAUUCAGUUAUACCAACAAGAACAACAAAACAACAGGUAAACAUGGUUUGUUCUGGUUUUUGGUUCUUAAAUUCAAGGAGUAAAUUCAUGGAGUACAAAAGCACCAGUUUUUAAGGACAAUUCAGUGACCAAUCUUUGAAUGGCUUUUUUUUUUAGAACAGUAUUACAUGUAUUUCUCAAACUCAAUAAUAGGCCAUUUUACAGUUAUGGAUGGAAGCGAGGCUGAGGGUGACCUUGUUUUGAUACAAACCUUCUUUGCUUUGUUAUGGAAGUUGUUCUUGAAAAAUACUGGUUAGCAUAAGAAUAACUUGAUGUACAUAAUAAAGCAUGAGGGUUUGUAUCAAAACAAGGUCACCCUCAGCCUCGCUUCCAUACACAACUGUAAAAUGGCCUAUUCAUGGAGAAAAUACAAAGGAAAGAGUGUUUGGAAAUCAGAUGAAAAACUGCUCAUUUUUGCAUCCUUAAUUUCUUCUUUUAAAAUCAUUUUGUUUGAAAAGUAAUAUCAAGCAUUCGACACAGUGUUUCAUCAACAGAUGAAUGCCUCGGAGUUCAUCAAAAAUACUCGGCUGUGCGUUGUAUUUUCAACUCUCUUCUCAGUGUUUCAUCCUAUCAUAUAAUAAUAAUUAUUGUUUUAUUACAUGAUUUCCCAUCCAAACAAAAAAUUCAAGGAGUUUCCAAGAACUUUCAAUGGAAAUUCUUCUUUUUAAGGGCUCUAAAAGAAUUAAAUUCCAGGGCUUUUAAAGAACUUCUGGGAAUAGGAUGAACUCUUUGUAAGGUCUUUCGAUACUUUUGAUGGUGUAACUAUAGUUUUGCACUAAAGUUUUGAUAUCAAAUUCCAUUUGGCAGGAGGUACUUCCUGAAAAAUCUUAACCUAUUUCAGACCAAAAUGUGUUAUUCUCCUUACUCCAUCUUAAACCUGAAAUUUAAUUAUCAAGAGGAAAGAAAAAUACCCAGUUUCAGACCUUGGCUCUGAAGAGCAAACCCUGUGGUGCAACACAUACCUAUAUAGUAUAUACACUGUGUAAAGAUGUACACCUCCCUCCCCCCUCCCCCCGCCCUCUCAAGCUCAGUGUCACACGUUGACUCUAAGUUAAUUCAAGCCCCUUUAUCUCAAAUUUUUCAGGCUCUUGAAGUUAUAAAGCAGUUGAAAGAGACUAUGGAAAUAGAACGUGCUCAGAUGCGCCUGCGCCUAUUUGUACCCAGCAAAGAAGCCAAGCGAAUUCAGGAAAAACUCAAACCUAACAUAUCAGUAAUUGAAUCAGAAGAUUGGCAAGGAGGGGAUUUAGAAAUGGUAAGAACAAUAAUUGGUUCAUGAGGUUAGAAUAAUGAAGCUUUCAUUCUUAAAGCAGUAGGCCACUUCAAGAGAAAAUAAUGGGACGGACAGGGAAAAUGCCCAGUCUAGCCCUUGGGAUAUGGGAAUUUCACCAAAGUUAUUUUUAGACCAGUUAAAUGCUUGAAUUAAUGGAAAGUUGGAAGGAAGGAAGGAAGGAAGGAAGCAGUCCAUAAACUUUUAUUCAGCGUUGUCAAGAGAGAAGUCAACUGUUGCCAUUACAGAUGUUCUGCAAUUUUUGCUAUGAAGCAGGCAUACAAGGACUUGAUGACAUUUCAAACAAUCAAUGAAAAUUUGUAGACAUCCCAGGAAUUAGACGUCCCUUUACAACCUCUAAAAGUAACUUAAUAAGUGAAACUCACAUAUCCCAGCCAAUGCCCUAAGAUUCCUCUCUGUCCCAUUUUUGUUGGCUAUUUGAAAAACACCAUAGCAUUCUUUGAUGUAUAGACUCACUCUUUUGGAGGCAUGUGUCGCGAACAGUUAAGACAGAAUCCACCAGGAAAUUGAGUUCUUUUAAUUCUCAGUGGACAAAAACCUUGUACCAGAAUAAUUUAAAGAAUAUUGCAUUCUUUGUUACAUUUUUCAAGGCCUAAAGAUGUAAUAACACCAAAGAAAAUUUCCCAUGGGAGUGCGAGAAAAUGAAUGUCAAAUUUCACAAGAAUUGUGAAAACACUGGUAAAAUUCUGAAAAUCUCAUGUGAAAGAUGUAAUUUUGUGAAACUUGACAUUCAUUUUCUUGGGCUCCCAUAAGGUGUUAAUAUUACAGAUUACUAAUAAUUACCGGUACAUCUUUAGCCCUUGAAAAAUGUAAAAAAGAAUGCAAUGUGCUUUAAAUUAUUCUGGUACAAGGUUUUUGUCCACUGAAAAUUAAAAUAACUCAAUUUCCUGGUGGAAUCUGUCUUAACACCUCGAACUCUGGAUCUGGAGGUCUAGGGUUCAAGCGUCGCCUGUCGCGUUGUUUCCUUAGACAAGAAACUUUACUCCACUUUGUCUCUCUUUGCCCAGGUGUAUAAAUGGGUAUGACAUACUGCUGGGGGGUAACCCUGCGAUGGACUAGCAUCCCAUCCAGGGGGGAGUAGCAAUACUCCUAGGCAUGCUUCAGGCUACAGAAACCGGUAUAAGCUCCGGCUGUUCGGGCCAUUGGCUUGUGUGCGCCUUUACCUGUUACCUCACUCUUGCUAGGUAGUAAUGCUGCAUGUAGAAUCAUCCAGUAUUCAAUCUAAUUUUAUAUUUUACAAUUCAAAGAAGAUAAUUAAGGAAAUUCUGGAUCAACCUAGUAUCAGAUUUUACCUAUGUAACAGUGAUUGUGUCAGUCCCCCCAGAUUAUGGAAUUAGACAAAUUAUCACAGAAUGGAGCUUAUCAUAAGUAUAUAAAUCCUCAAACAAAUGGGAAGUGGGUUUCUAAACCCAAUAUUUUACAGGAAUUGUAUCAUUUUUGCUGCUGUUAGCAGUACUGUGCAGAUGCAAAUUUGCUGUGAAUUUGCAUUUUAUAUUGUUGAAAAGCUCGUGCACAGAAUUGGCAGUUCAUUAUUCACUCUGGUCUGAUUGCGAAAAUUAGUUCCCACCAAACAAAAAAAAAAUCGUAAUGUUGUAUUGUUAUUUUAAUAUUUAUACUCACAUAUAAUUUCUUGUAUUAAUUUGUACCAUUUCUUCCAUAUUUUUCUAUAUUUUAUAUUUCAAGCCCUGAUUUGUAUGGUUAAACAUUUUUCCCACACCUAAAAUUUGUUGUUGUCGGAUUUCUCUCUAGGUUUGUCUCAUUGAUCCAGGUUGCUACAGAGUCAUUGAUGAAACACUUAGAGCUGAAACACGUGGAAGAGGAACAUUGGAAAUGAUCAGUUUAAAGGAUAUUGAGGAAGGGGAUGAAAGACUUGAAUAACAAAUCAUACUCAUUGUAGACCAAAGUCUUUUUCAAAGUUUAAAUUUUAUUAUUUUAGAGGCCAGUUACAUGUUGAGAACAAAGGUUGUAAAAAAAUGUACAUUAAAUAUGGUCAGCAAAGCAAAAAAGUGAUAUUUAACAACAGUGUCAUUCAUAUUUCAAACCCUCAGAAAACUGACACAUUCUACAGUUUACUAUUGUUGACCAUAC